AUGUCUAACUACAAUAACGAUCAAGAGAAGAUAGUAUUGAAAGUUUUAUCGUAUAAACCUCAUCAAUACUACGAAAUAUUGUCAGUCGAGAAAACUGCUAAUGAUUCAGAGAUCAAGAAGUCAUAUCGUAAGCUAGCUGUGAAAUUACAUCCAGAUAAGAAUCCACAUCCAAGGUCGUCGGAAGCAUUCAAAUACUUAAAUAAAGCAUGGGGUGUCUUGAGUGAUCCGUCCAAGAAAAGAAUAUUCGAUCAAACAGGAUCAGAUCCAGAUACGAGGUUCUCAGGUCAACCUGAAGCCGGUGGUAUGGGGGGGAUGAGAGGUAGUCCAUUCGCAACAACGAGUGGAUUUAAUGGGGGAUUUGAAGAUGAUAUUUUUAAUUUGUUCUUCGGGGGUAACAGGCAUGCCAGUGGUGGACCAGCAUUUACAUUUGGAAACAACGGGUUUACAUUUCAGUCCUUUGGUGGUGGUGGCGAGCAUCCUUUUUUUGCCAGUAAUACUAGAACAAGACAACAACAAGCGCAGCAACAGCGCCAGCGUCGUCAACAGAGACAGCAAACCGAAGAGCCAUCAUUUGUCACUACUAUCAAACAACUCAUGCCAAUCAUACUAUUCAUUUUGGUUCCAUUGCUUUCUACGUUCUUUUCGGAAUCAUCAUCUCCCGAUUAUUCGUUCAAUCUUUCUCCAAUAUACAAUACUGAAAGGCUUACUCCAACAUUCAAAAUUCCAUUCUAUGUGACGAAGGACUUUAUAAACAAGAAAAAAUUGAGUGGUAGACAAUUGAAGAACUUUGAUUACAAGGUGGAAAAUUUAUUUGUACAAGAUAAGAGAGGCAAGUGCUCCAAGGAACAGAUCAGGAAAAAUGAGAUGAUGGAGGAUGCACAAGGUUGGUUCUCAACUGAUUAUGAAAAAUUAAGACGAGCAGAGGCCAUGCCAAUGCCUAACUGUCAAGCUUUAAGACAAUUGAAUUUAAUUUAG